AUGAGGCCACUAAGGGAUAUUGGGCAAGUUGGAGGCGCCAACGAGAUCGACAAACAAAGCUUGCAGGUCGUCCAAGUGCUCUGGAGCGAAUGGGAGAUUCAUUGCCUCAUACUUGCAAGCUUUGGCCUACAAGUAUUCCUCUUCUUCACAGCAGGCAUGCGGAGGCACAACGUGUCCCGCAUCCUCAACUCUCUUAUAUGGCUAGCCUACUUAUCUACCGAUUCUGUGGCCAUUUUUGUUCUCGGUCAUCUCGCGGUCCAUGCGAAUGGCUCACACCAUCUUCUUAUCUUCUGGACACCAUUCCUACUCCUACACUUGGGAGGGCAAGACACUAUCACUGCCUUCUCCAUGCAAGACAACGAGCUCUGGCAACGACACCUGCUAGGAUUGAUCACCCAAGCAUCGGUGGCUGGCUACAUAAUCACCAUAUCGUCUUGGCAAGACAGUCGCCUCCUUGCUGCCACGGUGCUCAUGUUCUUGUCUGGGGUUUUCAAGUACAUUGGGCGCACCUUUUGCCUUUGCUCAUCUCGAACAUUUCUCCUCACAGAUGCUACCGUGCCUAUUUUGGAUAGAUAUGUACGCGGUGUAUACUAUACACCGACUCUUUUGACUAGGGGGCCUUCCGAGGAUAUACUAAAGCAAGUAGUGCAUGAUAUGAUGAUUAACCAGGAUGAUGUGAAGCUGCCACCCGUUGACAAUUUCGCACAAAUACUGAUGGAUACUCCACUCAAUGAUAGGGAUACUAUUGAAUGUGCAUCUAUCAUACCAGGCUUGCUCAAUGUGCUCAAGUCUAGUGCAAACCGCUCCAAUACCUAUGUUUAUGUCGGCACACUACUUGUUCGUUCUUAUGAACGCAUCUACACCAAGGGUUUGCUUAAUAUGUUCUGGAUUUUCCCUAUCCGUACAAUAAUGUCCAAAGAUUCCGAGGACAAAAUCACAGCCAUAGUAUUUCUUCACAUUGCUUCACUCCUCUUGCUCUUCCCACUUAUCUCGGCCUUGAUAACAUUGCGUCUCUUUAUGGCUUCUGAAAAAGCCGAACUCUACAACACGACUGAUGUCAUAGUCUCCUACAUAUUACUCGUAGGGGCCAUAAUCCUUGAGGUGGCAUCUCUCUUCAUGUCCAUUCUUUCCUACUUUGCAUCAAGGGAAGCACCAACAUGUUAUCCACUUACGAAUGUAGUCUUGCGUGUAGCCAACUAUAUUCACCCUGCGGGCAGACACAGAAAACGCUGGUCCAAAAUGCUUGGACAAUAUAACAUGUUGGAACAUCACACCAGACAAAAGUCCACAGGCAUCGUGCCAAUUGUAUCAACAUGGAUUGGCAAGCCAUUUUCAAGAAUUGCCGUUAGUAAAGAGCUCGAGGAGCUUGUCCUUGAUAAGCUGCUAGAAUUGGGAACAGGUGACCAAGAAUGCUGGAACUUUGCUAGCUUCCGUGGACAGCUAGCGCUUCAGAGAUGGACUGAUAUGCGCACGAUCAUUAACAAUGCUGACCUGCCAACAAGUGUGUUGAUCUGGCACAUUGCAACAGAGAUAUAUUACUUGAGAGAAAAUAGCAUCACCUGUCCUGAUCAAACUAAGAAAAUAAGAGCGAUCAGAGAGCUAUCAAACUAUACCAUGUAUCUUGUCUUCACGUGUGAUGUGAUGCUUACGACCAGCUCCAAGCUCGUACAUGUUAACACUCAGAAGGAAUCAAGCAAACUCUUCGAGGGUGUGUUAAUCGUGGUAUGA